AUGUCUCUCUCCUGUGAGAACCUCCAUGUCCUCUUCUUCUUCUUCUUCCUCACGUUUCGUCUUCCCUUCUCCAGCGCUUCUUCACAUCCAGCAGUUGGAUUCACCAUCUCGACUCAUACAGCAGCACAUCUUCCCCGUCCAGAACGCGUCGCCUCUGUCCUCCGAUCACUCAAGAUCCCCUGCGUGAGGAUCCCGGAGCCAAACCCCGAAACAAUCCGAGCUUUCACCUAUUCAGAUAUCUCUCUGCUACUUUCCAUACCUAACUCCUUCGUCCCUGAAAUGGCAUCCAACAAGUCAAAUGCCCUCAGGUGGCUCUCCCACCAUGUCGUCCCCUUCUACCCGCGCGCUCUCAUCUCUUCCAUCUCCGUCGGCGACGACGUUCUUGAACCUUCCACCACUGACAUCUCUGAUUCCCUUCUCCCUGCAAUCGGAAACGUUUAUGGAGCUCUCCACCAGCUCGGCAUACACAAGAUCUCUGUCUCCACCACCUUCUCCUUCACCCACAUUGUAACCACCGCUUUCCCUCCCUCUUCUGCGCAGUUUCGGAACCCCAUCGCUGGUUCUCUGGUGAAGCCGCUGCUUGAAUUCCUGUCUUCCACCAAUUCUUCGCUCUUGAUCAACAUCCACCCGUACAUGCUGUAUCGCUCGCACCCAGAGAUUCCAAUUGGAUUUGCGUUGUUUCAAGAACAGCCCUUCAGUUUCCGUGACGACCACACGACGGGUUUUCGAUACCGGAAUCUCUUCGAUAUGAUGGUCGACUCGGUCAUUAGUGCGACGGCGACUGUGGGACAUGAUCGGAUACCUCUGAUCAUAACGGAGACGGGAUGGCCGAGUCAUGGUGGAGAGGAUGAACGGGACGCUACAGAGGAUUAUGCCCAAAAGUACAAUACAGGAUUGGUGAGGCAUCUGCAAUCAGGUCUUGGAACGCCUUUGAGGAAGGAGGGAGUUGCAGAGACUUACAUUUACGAGUUGUUCGACGAGGAUUGGAAGAAAGGACCCACAUCAGAGCGGCAUUGGGGGGUUCUGUAUCCUAACUUGACCAAGAAGUAUGAGAUUGAGUUCUCAAGCUCCAAUAGAGUUUUGGGUGGAAUUAUUGUUUGGCUCGAAAGGGUUCAGGUUUCUUUGUUGUUGGCGCUGAUUUUGCUCGAAUUUCUUGUUGAGUAACUUGUUCUCGAAGAAAUUUUUGCAGCCGAUAGAGUUAAUCCACAGGCAAGAACCACUUCAAACACACAAUAUGUAGCUUUCAUAUGAAUC